CAAAUUCCUUCAGAAGUAUAUACACACAACCUCCUUCUGCGGCGAGCCCAUCGGCGGCGACCACUGCCUCUCCAACUGAAAACUCCGACUCGGAGUCAGAAACCAGUGAAUCGCAGCCGUCCCUCUACGCAACAAUGGCCGCUAGGCGCAGCUUCUCGCCUAUUUCUCUAUCGCCCGCUCCCUCUUCUCUGACGCCCGGCCCAAAUUCCGGUCGAAUUUCGUCGAAUCAAAUCCAAUUAUUUUUCCCUCCCCGAUCGCAAUGCGCGAGGCGUGUUUCGCUUCGUGCCCUCGUGCCCGAUUCCGAGUCUGUGAAAACCGACCCGAGUGUACCCGGAAUCGGAUCUGGGUCGAGAAGCCCAAUCUCGUUGGUUGAUGAAUCCAACGGCGGCGGAGCUUCGUCUUCUCCUUCUAAUGCCAUUGAUUUUCUCACACUGUGCCAUAGCCUGAAGACUACAAAAAGGAAGGGUUGGAUAAAUCAUGGGAUCAAAGGUCCUGAGUCAAUUGCUGAUCACAUGUAUCGUAUGGCUCUGAUGGCUUUGAUUGCUGGGGAUCUUCCUGGAGUCGAUAGAGAGAGGUGUAUUAAAAUAGCAAUUGUUCAUGAUAUAGCCGAAGCAAUUGUUGGAGAUAUAACUCCAUCAGAUGGUGUGCCUAAAGAAGAAAAAAGCAGAAGAGAGCAAGCUGCACUGAAUGAAAUGUGCAAAGUUCUUGGUGGAGGAAUGAGAGCUGACGAAAUCCAGGAACUUUGGGCUGAGUAUGAAAACAAUGCUUCGUUGGAGGCCAAUCUUGUAAAAGAUUUUGAUAAGGUUGAAUUGAUUCUGCAGGCACUGGAGUAUGAAACUGAACAUGGGAAAGAACUGGAUGAAUUCUUCCUCUCAGUUGCAGGAAAGAUUCAAACUGAAAUAGGAAAAAGUUGGGCAGCUGAGAUUCAUUCCAGGCGAAAUGCAAGAUUUACCAAAGCGCAGAACUGAUUCUAUAUUCCAUCUUUCUUUAUAGACCUUUAGUGGACCAAAUCGCCCUUUUAUAUUCGGGUUCUUACCCAUCUAAACCGCCUAUUUCCCCUUUUGGUUUAAUCCUUUCCACAUGUCUCUUUUCUGCUCAAGUAGAAGGGUAAGAACAAAUCAAAGAGUCUUCCAUAAUGAGGUCUAAUCUGUUCUCUCUCUGCAUAGUUCGUUACCAGUUUAUACCGGCCAUAAUCUUCUAACAUUUGGUGUAGGAUUCUCGAGGUGUUAGGGUCUGUUUGGAUGAAGUGUUUCGGCGGGGGAAGACCGGAUGGCUUCUUCUAUGUCUUGAUAUAUAGAAUGCUUUUUCUUAUCAUAUCAAAUGUAUGUGAAUAUAAAACACACUCUAAAUACCCCUCUAAACCCUAUUAU